AUGGCAGAUUUAGCUAGCCUUGGCGGAGUAUCAGCAGCGGUUGGUUCAGAAGCAAGGUCGCUCUUUUCACACAGCCUGGAAAGAGCUAAAAACCGAUCCGCAGAUGAGAAAACCGAUCCGAAAGAUUCAGGGCUUGUGCAAUACGCAGAUGACGAGGAGGAUAGAAACGAGGAGGACGACGAGGAGGGGGACGAGAUUCGCGUGAGCGGAAGACGCGGUCAUUUGGAGGUCCGGCGCGAGUGUCCGUACCUUGACACGGUCAACCGGCAGCUCCUGGAUUUCGACUUUGAGAAGUUCUGCUCGGUCUCUCUCUCGAAUCUCAACGUGUACGGCUGCCUGGUGUGCGGAAAGUACUUCCAGGGCCGCGCGCGCUCGUCGCACGCGGUGACGCACAGCGUGGACGCGGGGCACCACGUGUUCAUCAACCUGCACUCCGAGAAGGUCUACUGCCUGCCUGACGGAUAUCAAGUCUCCGACCCCUCGCUGGACGACAUCAAGAGCGUGCUCAACCCGCGGUUCACUGCCGCCCAGAUAGAGCAGUUUGACCGCAGCAAGCAGUGGGCUCGCGCACUGGACGGCACGGAUUACAUCCCCGGCAUGGUGGGUCUGAACAACAUAAAGGACACGGGGUAUGUGAAUGUGAUCAUCCAGUCGCUCAUGCGAGUCACGCCGCUCCGCAACUUCUUCCUGCUCCCCGCCAACUACACGCCCGCCUCCCACUCACCCGCCGCCCAGCCCACUGCGCUCGUGCGCCGCUUUGGAGAGCUCGUGCGGAAAGUGUGGCAUCCAAGGAACUUCAAGGGGCAGGUCAGCCCUCACGAAUUCCUGCAAGCCAUCAUGCUUGCGAGCAAGAAACGAUUCCUAAUUGGUCAGCAGUCCGACCCUCUCGACCUCCUCUCCUGGCUGCUAAACACUCUCCACGCAGACUUAGCUAAAAGCGCUGCUGCUGCAGCUAAGGCCGCAGGCAAAAAGGCGCAUCAUAUAAGCUCCAUAAUCCAGGAGUGCUUUCAGGGCGAGCUGGAGGUGACUAAAGAGGUCGCAGGGAAGAGCAGCUGUGUGGAGGAUGGGAAGAAGCGGAAACGGGAGGGGGAGGAGGGGAAGGAAGGGGAGGGUGAAGGGGAGAAGGAGGAGGAUGGGGUGAAACGGGAGGUCAGCCGGAUGCCGUUUCUCAUGCUGGGCUUAGAUUUGCCUCCUCCCCCGCUUUUUAAGGAUGUAAUGGAGAAGAAUAUUAUUCCCCAGGUUCCCCUGUUCAACAUUUUGAAGAAGUUUGACGGGCAGACCGUGACUGAAGUGGUGCGACCGCAUCCUGCCCGUAUGCGGUAUCGGAUCACGCGGUUACCGCGGUACCUCAUCCUCCAUAUGAAGCGAUUCAAGAAGAACAAUUUUUUCAUAGAGAAGAACCCCACUCUUGUGAACUUCCCCGUGAAGAACCUUGAACUGAAGGACUAUCUGCCUCUGGAGGGGUUGGAAGGCGGGGGGAAGCUUCGCAGCAAGUACGACCUGAUAGCCAACGUGGUGCAUGAUGGCAAGCCCGGGGAGGGCUCGUACCGUGCGUUCGUGCAGCGGAAAGCAGAGGAGGCAUGGUAUGAGAUGCAAGAUCUACAUGUGACAGAGACGCUACCGCAAAUGGUGGCUCUUUCUGAAGCGUAUAUCCAGAUUUACGAGCAGCAGUGGGAUUGA